AUGACUAACAUAAAUAUUCAAGACACUUUGACCGUUGACAUUGAUAUUACAGAUAUUAUUCGAAAUAAUCCACUAUUAAACAAAGUAACACAUGUCGUAUUCGCGAAUUUUCGUUCAAAUGUACCAAAUGCCAAUGAAUUUCCUGAAGCUAAUUUGAAGAAGAUCAUUCAGAGAAAAGUGAACGACACAGGAUUCCAACCAAAUGAUCUGUGCGUCGGUACCUCGACAUUAAUUCAGCCAAAACGUACUCAUUCAAGUACUUGUAGUCAAGCACGAAAGCGUAUCAAAACCGUUCAGUCAGCCGUAAUUAAUGUGCAUUCUACUACUUCUGAUGAACAAUCUCCGCUAAAGUUACGUGAUAGAUCAAAAUUGAUAAAAACACAAUAUGAUGAUAUGACAUAUUAUGAAUCAGAAGGAGAAGAAGACGAUGAAUUUACCGAUGACACCUUCUUAUCAAAUGUACAACUUUUAGAGAUCAACAUAACAUAA